CUAAAAAGCGCCGAAAUCAAGUUUGCAAAGUUUGAUGUGGAGCCAUGGCUAGCUGAUGGAAAAAAAUGGAUGCCAAUCUACUUGGCCACAGAUGCCUACCAAAUCUGAGACGUCGAAUCGGAGACAUUGGGGACGGGCAUCCAGCACAGGAACGCUACACGCGGCUGCUGAAGGAUGGAGACACGCUCAGUUACCAAGGGAACUCAGAAGAAGUGGGUUGCUAUGUUGCUGGCCAUCCUUUAUCAAAGGGAAAUUGCUACUUUGAGGUGACAAUAGUGGACACUGGCGUGAGAGGGACUAUCGCCGUAGGCCUGGUGCAUAAAUUCUACAGGCUGGACCACCAGCCAGGCUGGCUGCCAUACUCUGUAGCUUACCACGCUGACAACGGCAAGUUAUACAAUGGAAAUCCUGUGGGACAGCAGUUUGGGCCAAAAUGUGCCCGUGGUGACCGCAUUGGCUGUGGAAUUUACCCCAAAACUAUUGAAGCAGGUUUCAAAACCGUCUUUUUCACCAAGAAUGGCAAAGAGGUGGGGUCAGUGGAUAUUCUUGUCAUGGCGGAAGGGCUUUUCCCUGCAGUAGGGAUGCACUCCAUGGGGGAAGAAGUGAAGGUGGACUUGCAGGCAGAGUGGCUCUUGGAGGAGGACGACACAAUGAUGAUGGUGGACAGCCAUGACGACGACUGGGGUCGACUUUAUGACGUCAGAGUGAGCGGCACGCUCUUGGAGUACAUUGGCAAAGGGAAAAGCAUAAUGGAUGUGGGUUUAGCUCAAGCCCGUCAGCCGCUUACCACCCGCUGCCAUUACUAUGAAGUGGAGAUUGUUGAUGCCGGAGAGAAGUGCUACAUUGCUCUGGGUCUUGCAAGGAAGGACUACCCCAGGAAUAGACACCCAGGAUGGAGCCGGGGAUCUGUAGCCUACCAUGCAGAUGAUGGAAAGGUGUUCCAUGGCAGUGGGGUCGGAGACGCUUUUGGUCCUCGCUGCUUUAAGGGUGACACCAUGGGCUGCGGCAUCAUGUUCCCGCGAAACUACAUUCUGGAUGGUCAUGCAGAAGACUGGCAUCAGAUGGAGGUCUUUCCUGGUCAAGCGGACAUUCAGAACAUUGUGUAUCUAAAUUUGGACGAGGAGGUGGAUGAGGAGGAAGAUGGUGACGGAGAGCCGGGACAGGGUGCUAGGAAAGUCAUGGUGUUUUUCACAAGAAACGGGAAGCUAGUCGGUCGGCGAGAGAUGGCGCUCCCCCCUGGCGGCCUCUACCCCACUGUGGGGAUGCUGAGUAAUGGAGAGAAGGUCAAGGUGGACUUGCAUCCCCUCAGUGGAUGAGCUGAACGUCCACGCUGAUGAGCUGCUGGCUCUCUGCAAACAGCAGGCUGUGCUGCAGAGCUCGGCCACAGUAGCCACGUGUGGUGCUAAAAGUCACCCCUCGGCCCACUUAUUUAAGACCCGCACUCUUUUGUAAAUGUCCUCGCCAUCACAGCACAUCAUCACAGACAGAUGACAUUAGGUUGUAAUUCCUAUGCAACCUGUUCUCUGUCAGCUGUGUGAGGCUGUCAUCACUAAGGUCUGACACCCUCGCUCCACUUUAUUACGCUUGACCGGACUCCAAGGAAAACAGAGCAGAGUCAACACUUGUGCCAUGUCUUCGCUCAGAGCCGCUCUGACUCCCCCCCCCCUCUCUCGCUGGCAGAGGGCGCCCCCCAGUGCCAGAGCACAGACAUGCUUUAACCUUCGGCUCAAGCCAUAAUAAUCAUUAUUACAGAAACGUUUGCAUGUGCACAUAAUAUCUGAAUACUUUACAGCAACCAAACAAAGAUGCUGUGCAUUUCCCAUGAGCUGGUUUUAUGUUGGAACCACAUCGUCCGGUGUCUUUUCUUCAUAGGUAAACAUUGACGUGAACUCUCUGCAUAAAGCAAUCAGGGAAUGUGCUUUGUUUUUAUGUAGUAAUUGCUUUAAGAUGUGGUUAAAGAGAUCACAUAAGCCAAAAAUGACACCCUCUUACAACAUGCAGGCAUAAAAACAACCACAGAGCCAAUUAACGCAUCUUCUGGUUUAAUCGGCCGUCACACAGGCGUCACAAAUACAGUUGAACUUCUAAUGAUUCAACCCUCAUUGUAAAUGCUAUUUAUUUGCAAAGUAUAUAACCUUGCAGUAGUUUGCCCCAAACCAACCAAACAUUUUAAAUAGCUCACCGCAACUAAUAUUACAAAUGAUCACUUUUUUUUUUUUAAUUGGCGUGGCCAAUCUAUUUAAUACUACGUUUCUACAUUUUCAAAAUAAAAAAAUUACAAUGAGGGUUCAAUAGUUAUACCUUUUGUAUUUGUGAUAUUUUUCAUCGUAUUUUAUGCUACAUUUUCUUUGCAUGACAAAUGCUCCUUGUGCGACACAACUGUGUUUCAUCCUUCAUCCUCAGAUGGUGUGUGUGUGUGUGUGUGUGUGUGUGCACGCGCACGCUGGAUAUUGUGAAGAUUUACUCAGGUUUUUUGGUGCCACAAAGCUGACACGCACACGCAGGCUAACUUCAGCCCAAUUGGAUCACACUUAACCGUCACAUGAUGAGCCAUUAGUGACCAAGCAACAUUUUUAGGAGGGCAAAUGUUCUUUAGAAUUACAGUGUGUCACAAUAGUGGGUACACCCCGCACAUUUCUGCAAAUACUUGUUAGAUUUUUUUUUUCCAUGGGACAACACGAAAACAAGACUUGAUACAUUGUAAAGUAGUCAGUGUACAGCUUGAAUAAAAGUGUAAAUUUAAUGUCCCUUAAAAAUAACUCUACACCCAAGUCUUAAUGUCUAAACUGCUGGCAACAAAAGUGAGUACACCCCAAAUUGUGCCCAAAUUAUCAAUAUUUAGUGUGGAUACAAUUAUUUUCCAACACUGCCUUAACGCUUUUGAGUAUGGAGUUGACUAGAACUUCACAGUUUGCCUCUGAAAGCCUCUUUCAGGCCUCCAUGACUGGUGGCUGUUAGACACCUUGCACCCCUCCACAUUCCGUUUGAGGAUGCCCCCCAGAUACUCAAUAGGGUUUAGAUUCAUCACCUUUACCCUCAGAUUCUUGGUGUCUUAGGGGUCCUUAUGUUGGAAUGUCUCAGUUUCUGAAGAGAGGGUGUCAAAGUACAUGUUGGCAUUCAUGUUUCCCUCACUGAACCCCAGUGCCGAUGGCACUCAUGCAGCCCCAUUCCAUGACACUCCCACCACCAUACUUUACUGUUGGCAAGACACACUUGUCUUUGUCCUCACUUGACUGCCACCACUGUACCAAAUACGGUAAGUAUCUUGGUCUCAUCAGACCACAGGACAUGGUUCCAAUAUGUCUGCUUGUCUUCAGCAAACUGUUUGCAGGCGUUCUUGUGCAUCACCUUUACAAGAGGCUUCCUUUAUUGAGGAGCGUGGCAUACGGACCUCUGCAGCGAUGCCGGCAGCACUCAUGCGUCUAUUUUACAAACGCAACCUCUGGAUAUGACGUGGAUCUUGUGCACUCAUCUUCCUUGGUCGACCUUGGCAAGGCCUGUUCAGAGUGGACGCUGUCCUCUUAAAGCGCUGUAUGGUCUUGGCCGUGGUGCUGUAGCUCAGUUUCAGGGUAUUGACAAUCAUGUCAUAGCCUAGAACAGGGGUGUCAAGCUUGUUUUAGAGGGCCACUUAUAACUAUCAAUAUACAGUGUUGACAAGCAGACAUUCAAUUAUCUAUUUUGGAUUUUAAAAAAUGGUUGGAAUUUCUUGUUGCAUGAUCAGAUAAAAUAAAAGUUUAGAAGAACUGCACACAGUACAAUUUUUUUCAUAGUCCAAAUGAAAGAAAUACAUUUACAAGGGAAAAGGUCAAGUCCAUUAUUGACACACAUUAUUCCCAGGCUUUCACGGGCAACAUUUAAUGAGGUGGCGGGCCACAUCUGGCCCCUGGGCCUUGGGUUUGACACAUGGCCUAGAACCUCUUUACGCAAAGCAACAAUUCUUCUUUCCACAUCCUCGGAGAGUUCAUUGGUCUUUGAACUUCCAGUGACCAGUAUGCGAGAGUGUGAGAGCUGUAACACCAAAUGUGACACCCCAGCUCCCUAUUCACACCCAAGACCUUUUAACACUAAUGAGUCACAUGGCCCCCGAGGAGACAAAAAUGGCUAACUGGGCCCAAUCUGUACAGGUUAACACAGGGUUGUACUGUACUCACUUUUGUUGCCAGCAGUUUAGACGUUAAUGGUUGUGUUAUUUUGAGGGGACAGUGCUGUUGCUUUAGUUUUGUCCCAUGAAGAGGUGGAAUGUUUGCAGAGAUGUGUAGGGGUGUUGUCACUUUCGUGGCAUACCGUAAAGACUGCACACCAGGGUUAUACAUGGCAAUACUGAUUAGUAAGGGAUCACAUUUUUGGACCUCACCUGCAUGUCAGUGUAGUUUGUGCAGUUGAAAUGUUCUCUCAGAAUUUUGCUGCUUGUGAUUCACAUUAUACUUCUAUGUAAUGAAGCAGGUCGACAUUGCAAAUGCUUUUUUUCAGUAGUUGAAUGUUGUCAAAAGUGCUGAAAAGUAGUCAACUUUCAAAACUCUCUGUAAGACGGACCAUUUAAAACAAUAACAUGGAUUUUUAUGUCACUGCAUCGAUUUUGUCAUGGAUUAUAUCAUUUCUAAUUGUUGCCAGUGUGGUCCUUCACAAACCACUUGUGCAUACAAUCCACACUUUAAAAAUUAAGAUAGAGACUGGUUUAAAAAAAAAAAAAAAGUGGAAUAGUAAUAGUGAAAUGCUUGAUUUGUGUAAUCGGGAGAUUUGCAGUUGCUGAUGAAACUGCAGUUUUAUUGUUCAUGUGUUGUGUCUCAAGUGUUACAUGUUGGAUAACAGGAAACAAUGGUUCAUCUUUAAUCAGCUGUGUCGAACUCCGUAAAGGCCAAAGAAACACUCACCUCAGUCCUGAAAAAUGGGCACAAUCAAAUCGUUCUUGAAUGAGAAAGGUUUAGUUUGCGUCUGGGUGCUGGGCUGUAUCACACAGAUCAUUGUGAUUUCAUCGCUUUAACCAUUGUCUUCAUCAAAAGAGUGCAUACUAUCAAGACAUGUUUCUCUGGAACUCUUGAUCUUCCUAUAGAAUCACACUAUGGGUUUGUUUUUUGCUACAGGUAUACAGGUUCAGGUACACACACACACACACACACAGGUAUACACAAAUGGUCAUCUGAUAAAAUUAACUAGACUUGGAAGUUCAAUAGUUAUUUUCAGUCAUUGACAGAGUGGUGUGAAGAAGAGUUUGCCCCCUUCCUGGUUUAUUUUUUGGCAUGUUACACUUAUGUUUGAUAUUAGAAAUUGAAAUAUGUCAAUAACAACGCAACUCAACACAAAAUGCAGAUUUUAAAUGAAACUUAAGGGAGGAAAAAAAUCCAGACUUACAUGGUCCUGUGUGAAAAAGUGAUUGCCCCCGUUCAAACAAAAUUGGUUUAUCAUAACUGGUUCAAUGUCUCUAGCCACACCCAGGCCUGAUCACUGCCACACCUGUUCUCAAUCAAGAAAUCACUUAAAUAGGACCCGCCUGACAAAGUGAAGUAGACUAAAAGAUCCUCGAGAGCUAGACAUCAUGCAGAGAUCUAAAGAAAUUGAGAUCUAUCAGUCUGGGAAAGUUGAUAAAGCCAUUUUUAAAGCUUUGGGAAUCCAGACAGCCAUUAUCCACAAAUUGCGAAAACAUGGAACAGUGAUGAACCUUCCCAGGAGUGGCCGGCCAACCAAAAUUACCCCAGGAGCGCAGCGACGACUCAUCCAAAAGGUCACAAAAGACCCCACAACAACAUCCAAAGAACUGCAGGCCUCACUUGCCUCAGUAAGGUCAGUGUUCAUGACUCCACCAUAAGAAAGACACUGGGCAAAAACGGCCUGCAUGGCAGAGUUUCAAGACGAAAACCACCGCCGAACAAAAAAACACAGCUCGUUUCAAUUUUGCCAGAAAACAUCUUGAUGAUCCCCAAGAUCUUUGGGAAAAUAUUGCAUUUUGCACAUUUGGAUCUUAAUGAGGUUAAGACCAAAGGCUAUAAAAGCCAAAAUCUGCUCAAAAUGUUCAUUUUCUGUCAGGCAUUCACGCUGUCAUGCCCUCCUGAUGGCUAAAGCUAAGAAGCUUUCUCUUUUUGAAUGUGGUCGGAUUGUUGAGCUGCAUAAGCAAGGCCUCUCGCAGCGUGCCAUUGCUGCUGAGGUUGGGUGCAGUAAAUCAGUCAUUCAAUUUUUUUUUUUAAAGAUCCUGAGCAUUAUGGAACAAAAAAGUCAGGAUCCAAUUGGCUGUCCAUCAAGUCACAGUCUGUGGUAACAGCUGGGUUUUUCAACAGGACAACGCUGCAGUUCACAAUGCUCGCUUGGCCAAGGACUUCUCCAGGGAGAAUAACAUCACUCUUUUGGACCAUCCUGCAUGUUCCCCUCAUUUAAAUCGUACAGAGAACAUUUGGGGAUGGAUGGCAGGGGAAGUUUAUAAAAAUGGCCAUCAGUUCCAGACAGUUGAUGCCCUUGGUGAAGCCAUCUUCACCACUUGGAGCAAUGUUCCCACUAGCCUCCUGGAAACACUCGCAUCAAGCAUGCCCAAACCAAUUUUUGAAAUGAUUAACAAGAACAGAGCUACUCAUUGAGUCCUACUGAACAUUUUUUGUUCUGAUUUGGAGAGUUUAUUUUUUGAGCGAGGGUCUUAUACUUUUGAUCAGCUGAUAAACAGCCUAUUUCAGUUUGUUUUCAAUAAAUUACUUUUUCAAAAUGCUUUGUCUCACUCCCCCUUCUUGUUUUUUGCAUAUUGUAGCUCUACUAAAAACCUCAUUAAGCUCCAAAUGUGCAAAAUGCAAAUUCUAGCAAUUUUUCAACUGGUCUUAAAAUUUUGAUCAGGAGUCUAACGUGGUCUGAUGAGACAAAAGUAACUUUCUGGAAGGUGUGUGUGUCCCAUUACAUCUGGCAUAAAAGUAACGCAUUUCAGAAAAAGUCAUACCAAAAGUAGAAUAUGGUGGUGGUAGUGUGAUGGUCUGUAUUGCUGCUUCAGGACCUGGAAGACUUGCUGUGGUAAAUGAAACCAUGAAUUCUGCUGUAAGAAACUCCACAGCGCUGUACGAGACUCAUUGCAAGUUAUCACAAACAUUUAAUUGCAGUUGUUGCCAAGUGUGGCCCAAACAGUUAUUAGGUUUAGGGGGCAAUCACUUUCACACAGGGCCAUGUAGGUUUGGAUGUGUUUUCUCCUGUAAUACAUUUUCAUUUAAAACUGCUUUUUGUGUUCACUUGUCAUUGACUAAUAUUUCAAUUUGUGUGAUGAGCUGAAAUAUUUAAGUAUGAAAAACGUACAAAAACAAAAGUCAGGAAGGGGGCAAACACUGUUUCACAACACUAUUUUAGUCAAAACUCUUUUUUUUGUUAAGCGUUAUUACAACAAUUAGUGACUCAGACAAACGCAUGUUCUUCACAAUUUAUUUCAACAGUAGUAAAACAAGGCUAUUUGCACCCUUGUUUAAAAAAACGUACAUUCAAAUCAGAUCAUUCAGUCAAAUGUUUAAAAUUUAAACAGCAUGUUUUUGUGACUGCACAUUGAGUGGCAAUAGUCACUCUCUUGUAUUUAAAAACUAAGCACUUACUUAAAAAUGUUUUCCCAAAUGUUUUAGCUCUCAUAGUAAUCUUAAGCUAUCUUUAGGCCCCAAUUCCUGUAAGUGUAAAAUACAUCAUAUCUUUAGGCAUUUGUGUGUAACAAUAUUCAUUCUUAUAUGGGUGGCUUAAAUAGGAACACAAAGGACAGUUAAACUGAUGUUGGAAUGGCUUUGAAUGUAGAAAAGAGGCACAGUUCAAGAGCUCAGUAGUGUUCGACCUUAACACUGCAACAAGGGGACAAGCAAGUCAGCUUUAGAAAUCUUCUUCCUCCUCUUCGUCGUCAUAGAAGCGAUUUUGCUUUAUCAUUUCCUCCACAGUCAGCGCCUCCAGCUCCCCCUUGUCCUCAACCUCCUCCACCUCCCCUUCCCAGAAGCCCACAUCCUGUAGCGACCUACCAGCCGCCGCCUCCUCCUCCUCUUCUUCUUCUUCUUCAGGAGAAGACAUCUCGUUUUUGGUAGGAGGUGUCACUUCCUCCAAACCACCAUCUUCCUCAUCCAUUUGCUCCUCCUCCUCCUCCUCCUCCUCCUCCUGCUGUUGAUGAGGUGGGGCCACCUCAGUCUCCUGACAGGGGAGAUGAUGCUGUGGCCUGUCUUCACCCUCCUCUUCCACCAUGUCUUCACCUUCCUUCUCCACCAUCUCGUCACUUUCUUCUCCCAGGUCUUCUAUAUCCUUCUCAGUCAUGUCUUCGUCACCCUCCUCUCCAGUGCUGUUCACGUCCUCAAGGCUGUCCUCAGUAGGUGUGUGGUUGUCCAGUGAAGGUCCUCCAUGCUGCAGCACAAUGCUCUGGGCCUCCGCCUGCACUUGGUCUACUGCAGGUGGAGAAUCUUUCUUGGUCUCAACAGCAUCAGCUUGGUCCACCACAGUAAAGGGCAUGCAACGCUCCUUCAAGGAGGAGCUCCUCCGCUGGCAGGAAGCUCCUUUAGUUUGUUCAGAUGGUGAGGAGGAGGUGUCCUCUUCUGGGGGCCACUUUGCACGCAUCGGCCUGGUGGCCCCAUCAACAUGCACUGCAGCUCCAUUAUGGCCAGUGUCACCUUCCGGUUGUGGUGGCCAGGAGAUUUUCAGCCUGCGUGUCUCAGUGGGUCUGUCUGUCUUCUCUGGGGAUCCUUGUCCCAAAGCCUCCAUGGUGGCAGUCAGGACGUUGACCUUGGCCAGUGGGGAGUCCUCCACGCUGGGGCUCUCCAGCUCAGAGCCAGGGGAGGGGGUUUUGGUGUAAGCGUUGGCCUGCGGUGAUGUGAUCUCCCCGCCCUCACCUUUGCUCUCCCACAGCUCCUUGUGGGGCCGGUGGCCAAAGCCCUCAUCAUAGUUGCCCUUGGCCUUGAAGAGCUGGCAGAAGUGCGGCUUGCAGUACACAUUGUUGUGCAGGGAGGCGUAAUUGACCAAACUAACCAGGAGAGGGAGCCAAAGUUAGUAACAGUUCAGGUGUUGAUGAUCUUAAACCAAAAUGAAGUGCAUAAAUAUCUACCAAUACACCGCAGCAUUACUCUCUGCCUCUCUCGCUCAACAAAACCGAUUCAGGCAGACUGCCGCCCCUUCCCAAGUCUGGGUUCUGUUCAAAUUUUCUUCAUUAGGUGGUUUUUCCCUCACCUCCGUCGCCAAAGCGCUUGUUCACUUGGUUUUCUUUAACAUGAGAAGCAUUGUUUCAGACCUGCUCCAACCUAAAGUGCCUUGAGAUAACUUGGCACACCGAAUUUUAUUUAUUUAUUUAUUUAUUUAUAUAAAAAAUUGACUUGACAUCAGGUACACUGCACAGUCAAAUAAAUUCCAACGACUGAGAAAAAUAUUUCCAUUUAAUUUUUUUUUUUUUAACAUAUAUGAAGGUUUUAAAACAAUUACUGUAAUCAAAUGUUCCCAGACUUUGGCAACCAGUGGAGCGGCCCCCUCCUGGCCAUUAGAUAAAAUAGUUUUUGUUUUUACUUUUUGUUUUAUUAUGGCAGUGAGUAUCUAAAAUAUACUCACAAAAAGUGAGCUUAUUAAAUGGUUGGGUCCUCCUCUACACCUGUGAAAAAUGUCUUUUCUUGAGGGGUUUCUGCCGCCCCCACUGUUUACUCUCGCUACGCAGUAACUAAAAAUCAGUUGAUUUUGACUAAAAACAAACAUUAAAAAUACAUGUUUUUCUUAGUCUCAAGCUGCCACGCCUCCCCUGAAAUCUCCUGGCCCCACCUCACACUUUGAAAAUAGCUACUUUAUGCAGUCUCCUGUUUGUAUUAGUAUGGGUAUUGUUAUUUGCGUAAAAAGAUCGGACAGAGUAUACUUAGUAUGUCACCAAAUGCCUUUGUGAUUGUGACCUGCUCACCUGAGUUUGGUGUUGCAGUGGCAGCAGCGGAAGCAGGCGCUGUGAAAAAUCUGUUGAUUGGCCACAAGCCUCUCCAGAGGAUAGACUGUCUUCUGACAGGACACGCAGGUCUCCCUCACCGGCAGACGGAAAUUCUGCACAAAGAGUAAAGUUACUCAUGAGUGUGUGUGUGUGUGUGUGUGUGUGUGUGUGUGUGUGUGCGCGUGUGUCUUACCCUUGGAGUUUUGGCCAGAGAACACACAGCAUUGCCAGGACCAGAACCUGUGGCAACCGAUAGUUCAAACAAUUAUAAAAUCUGGACACUGGGUGGUGCUAUUAAUGCUAUUUCAUGUGUAAUUUACCAAUUUCCACUACAGUGGGUCUCCACAAAUUUACACAUUUUUGGUCAAUUCCUUUUUCAUUUUUUUUCUCCAAAAAUAGGCUGUUUUUUCCCCUGCAGAAAGUAAUUCCGAGAUAGUACAGGUCAAAUGUACAACAUGCCCUGCGAUUGGCUGGCAACCAGUCCAGGGUGUACCCCGCCUGUCGCCCAAAUUCAGCUGGGAUAGGCCCGCGACCCUAAUGAGAAGCGGCAUAGAAAAUGGAUGAAUGGAUGUACAACAUACUUGUACCGCUGUUAGAAAGCUCACAACUUUUACAUGUUUUUGCUUCACUAAAUGUUUUUUCAUCAAGUGUUAAGAUUUCGUACUUCCUUCGGUGGUCCUGGAACACACCAUAGCUGUGUGCGGUGCAUGGGCGCCAUAAAGGGCAGAUUUCUUGUUGGCAGAUGUACAUGUUAAUGUACUGUGAACUGUAGUGAAGAGUGAAUCGCAUACUGCAGUAUAUGCAGACUUGCAUGGACAACUCACUAGCAGUAAAUAUUACACUGGUAGUAGUGAACAAUAAGAAGCAAGACAUUUGCAAACCUUUAGAGUUGGGUUCAGAGUUAUGCAAAGCUCUUGUUGGGUUAGUUUGAGGUCCUAGAGAUAUGGUGACAACACGCUGCCCAAGAGGGGACCCCGAGGUGAUUUCCCCCCCCCCCAUGGGGCCCAGAAUUUUAGGCGGCACCCCUGGUGCUGUCAGACGAAAAGUUUGUUUGGCUACGGAAGCACAAGCUUCGACAGUCAGUCUGGUCUCAAAACUUGCAGUGACGUGAACACAGGUUAGUGAUUGAGUGAUAUGAUUAGAAGUUAGUGGAAUUAUAACAGGCAAGCACUGUGGCUCAUAUAAACGUGGCUUCGAGAAAUGCCUUCUAUAGCCUGCUGGCCUCUAGCACUAGCCUGACGACCAGGCUCAAGGUUACAGCGUGCCUCCGACUUCAUCUGUUCAUCCAUCAUCUCACAUUAUCAUUCAUUAGCAGUGAGCAACAAUUCAUUUUAUACACUAAAUGCAUUUAGUAGGUGUGUGAGGCAUAUUUAGGGACUUAAACCCGGAUUGUGUCGCAAACAAAGUGACAUUUUAAGAGAAGGGGAGGGUUCAGGAGCUGAAUCUAAUCUAAUCAUUACAGCCGCCACUUUUAUUGCAAUUGUUAUCAAAAAUCAGAACAUCAGCGUCAAACUAGCAGGAGGGGUUUGCAUGGGGCGCAAGCCAUCUGUCAAAAAUGAACAUUUUUAUGGGCGUAUGAAUUAACUACAGUUUGCCAUGGGAUCUACUGUACUAGUAAGUCAACAGUAUGUGUACAGGCUUGCAUUCUCUUCUUUCAACUACAGAAAUAUUGUACAUAGAACUUACCAUUGCUCUCUGCACUAAAACUUUUUCUGCCGUUUGACUCAGUGUCUGAACUCUGUAGUGAGAGAUAACAGCAUCAGUAAUGUGUAGGACAUUCACCAGACAUGAGACAGCCAGUUAUUCAUACAGUGUUAAGGCCUCACCAUAUCCAAGGAGAAUGGUGGGACAUUCUCCUUCUGUUUGCUGCACAAAGUGUCCUGCAGAUCAGUCUGAUUGAGACACACAACAUGAACAUUAAAUAGGUCCGCUAUUAUGCAAAAUGUACUUUUUAACUGUAACGUGUCGCCGGAGCCUCUUCAUGAACACCAAAUGUGACAAAAAUCUAUCAUCUCCCUCACUCGCUCCACUUUAGAGAAAAUGGUUAAUUUUGAAGUUAUGGUUUUUCUUGACAUCAAGAAGGAAAAGCCUCAUGGAAGCGAUACGACCUGAUACUAUACUACCUAGUAAUGAUGGUAAACUAUCGAGAACUCUAUACACUCGAGUCGAGUGUCACAGCGCACAUUCGCAAAAAAAAAAAAAAAAACCUCAGACGAGACUCCCAUACACAAACGCAUUAAACAAACACCUCAUUGAUAUGUUUGGACGCAGAUCCGCCCCAUAAACAAAUGCAAGAAAAUGCACCAAACUUAAUAAAGCGCCUUUCUACAAAAGAGGCUAUUUCACUGUAGGAAUCCACAGUGUCAUGCCACAGCGUCAACAAAUACUGUCCGUAAAAUGUUGUUAUAAUGGCCAAAUACAAUCAAAAGUACUUCAGUCUUACUUGUGAAAUGUAAUCCCGUGAGAUCUUGUUUGUAUUGUAAACCGGUUGAUCCAGUUCCAUGCAGAACGUGAAUUAGCCAUCUCCCCGUUCUCUCUUACCACAUUCAAAAUGACGGUGACGUCAUAUUCACAUGACGUCACGGCUCAAUGCGGUGUCAACGUCACGCGAGAAACUCGCACAUGCGCAACACGUUCCUUCCUCGACUCACGAAACGUGUGAGCCAGCACAACUCACUGAACCCAUGAGCCCACGUCAGGUUCACGAGUCACUUGUCAGCACCCUGAUGCCGUCGUGGUGAAUGAGUCUACUGUAGGUUUAUGAGUUCCGGGUUCUUCGCACUGUUGCCAACUUUUCAGUAAGAAUAGUACCUAUUGGCUGUCCUAGAAGGCGCUACACGACGCCAUCAUCUAAUUUGCAUAUAAUUUGCAUAUGAUGUAAAAUGCUGUACAGAAAGGAAAAACGCAUAACCACAUAGGCGAGACAAAUUGAGUAAAAACACCUUAAUUACCUUCAGAGGUACAAAUAAACUUGGUUAUUGGUUUGGUGUGCAAUUUCAUCAAAAUAAAAUAUUAUAUUUCAUCUUAUCCAGCGCCUCUCAAAGUUCUACCAUUGAACUUUUAAAUUAGCACAAUUGAACAACCAACAGACUAUGCUGUGUUUAUUCUAUGGCUCACAUUAACAUAUGUUAAUGUCAUAUAUGUAUGUAUUAUAAUAGAUAUAAUUGUAAUAGCAACUGAGUUUCACAAUAAAUAUAGCAAUGCAGUAAGCUUAUCAAGUACUUGCAUUUAUUCAAAGAAUUGGAAGUUAAUCCACUUCAUUUUAGUAAUAGCAAUAGACUAAACAAAAUAUAAAACACACCCUCUUUUAUUCAGAUUUACUGAAGAUUUAGAAACAUUUGUGUUUUAGAUAUCGCUAUGUAAAACAGGGCAAGCGCCACCCCCACGGCUCGGAAGCGGCUUGUGACUGCCUUUUGGGCAGGGCGGACCUGUAAACAGCACGCGCUGUUGCUCAGUGAGAACACAAAAUGCAGACCGAUACGUGCUGUUACGUUUGAGUCCCCAAAUACCAAAAAACUCCCCAACGACACCAGCAAAAAAGUCGCUAGAUUUGUUGCUAGUCGCUUUUGGGAAAAUGUGUCAAGGAGGGUUGGAAUGUCGCCAGAUCUAGCGACAAAAUCAUCAAAAUCAAAAUCAUCCCUCGCCUCAGGGUUAGCCAACAGCGCAGACGACAACAGGAAAUGGAAAGGAGAGCAGGAAAUGGAAAGGAGAGUUGAUUUGAAACAAGGAGCAGAUCUGUUGCUUUUCCCGCGAGGUUAAUAUAUUUAUACAAAUAAAGUUAAAGUUGAACAAUUAAAGUUACCUGGGUUCUUUUUUAAUUUACAGUGGUGUGAAAAGGUUUGCCCCCUUCCUGAUUUAUUUUUUUUUUUUUGCAUGUUUGUCACACAGACGAAACAUUAAAAUUUUUGUCAAUGACAACAUAUCUGAAAAUGCAGUUUUUAAAUCAAAGUUUUUAUUAAGGGAGAAAAAAAAUCCAAACCUACAUGGCCCUGUGUGAAAACGUGAUUGCCCCCUAAACCUAAUAACUGGUUUGGCCACCUUUAGCGGCAACAACUGCAAUCAAGCAUUUGCGAUAACUUGCAAUGAGUCUCUUACAGCACUGUGGAGGAAUUUUGGUCUUUGCAGAAUUGUUGUAAUUCAGCCACAUUGGAGGGUUUUCCAGCAUGAAGCGCCUUUUUAAAAGGUCAUGCCACAGCAUCUCAAUAGGAUUCAGGUCAGGAAUUUCACGAGGUCACUCCAAAGUCUUCAUUUUAUUUUUCUUCAGCUGUUCAGAGGUGGACUUUCUGGUGUGUUUUGGAUCAUUGUCCUGCUGCAAAACCCAAGUUCGUCUCAUCUUGCGGUCACAAACAGAUUGCUGGAGAUUCUCCUUCAGGAUUUUUUUUUUUUUUUUUUUUUUUGGGUAGACAGCAGAAUUAAUGGUUCCAUUCAUCACAGC